AUGACUUCCAAGUCCACACCGCAGACCGCGCCUGACGAAGACAUUGAAUCAGGAGAAGCCGCUUUUUUAGCUUCAGAUGACCCGCUUCCCGUUUCAACGUCGCCACAUGGAAAGUCGCUUCCCCUCUUCUGCUGCGCGCCUCCCCUCGCAAAGGACGCAUUUUCCGCAAGUGGGAGCGCGGAUGAGGAGGAUUCGCGAGAGUUCACCCCAGUUUACCCUUCCGAUUUGCGCAUCGCUAACCCUAUGGAAGUAACCAGCACGGCAGACGAAAUAGAAAAUCUUCGCAAGGACGAGAAGGAUCGCCAGAGGCGUCGUCGCCGGACCUGCUGCUGCCGCGUCGCAUGCUGGUCGCUCAUCGUGCUCGCAGUCGUUAUCGUCGGCCUAGGCGUCGCAGGGCUCGUCGCAUACCUGACAGUCUCGAAGCAACAGCCGGAGGUGAAGGUCGAGCAAAUCAACAUCAUCCGCAUCGGCAUCACCAAAUCCGGCGGCGGCUUCCUGGGCCUCGAAAACUUCCGCCUGGGCCUAUCCGCGUUAAUAAACGUCACCGCUCUAGUGUAUAACCCCAACAACUGGGACGUGGAAGCGGAAGACAUCAGCAUCGACGUGAAAUUCUUCGACAUGCAUGUUGCGAAUGUGACUCUGCCUGGCGUUGUGGGCAUGAGCAAGGGUGGGAACGCGCGGAUGACUGUCCCCCUCGAUAUUGUCGACGCGCCUCUGGCGACGCUGAGUCCCGCUAGCCUGCUGACGACGCCGCUGCUGCAUGGGCGCGCGGAAAUGCGGGUGGUGGUUGGCACUGCCACGCGCGUGAAAUACUGGGGCAUCUCGUCGCCGCGCGUUAUGGUGCAUGUGGAAUGCUCGAUGCAGCUAGACCCGUUUUCCGCUAAGAAGUACAACGAGCAGUGUAUACCCAGCAUCUCGCUGUGA